GACCGGAAUGGACGACCCGCGCUGACGAAAGAUGUUACGUUAGCCUUUCCCAAGUGACUAGGAUGUAUGCGCUGUGCGAGCCGCUUUCCCUCUACUUGGUAGGCGAACGGGAACGGGGGAGGAUGCAGCUGCUGCUCUGGUUCCUCGUUUGGUUCGUAUGGAGGGCGAUGGGGACCAUCACGAUUCAGCAGUUCUUCGCCCCCCAGAAUUCGAACAUGAAGAUCACGUCGCCGAUUCGAGAGCUUCUUGUUCUUUCGGAGCUUCAGUGUGCCAUGGCUUGCAAGCAGAACUCCACGUGCUUGAGUUACUCCGUGACACGCCAUUCCGGGACUUUCACCUGCCGCUUCGGAUACCGAUACGACGAGCUGAGGACUGCCGACGCAGAUAGCAAGUUCCUCUACAGAGAUGUGCCGGCUGGGUUCAACCUGGUGCCAGGUACGAGACGUUACGUGAAGAUGACCGUGAAAAGCAUCGUCGGUUAUGACGCGGCGACUAUGUGCAAGAAUGAAGGCAGCCUACUGGUCUCCUCCACUGACGACGCGGUGCACGACUACACGAAGCAGCUGUGGGCCAAUCGACCGUCUGGGAGCAAUUUCGUGGUCGGUGGGGUGAGCAUCACGAACCAGAACACUUGGAUAUUUCCGGAUGACACCAACCUGACCGUCACCGGGGUAGGUGAAGCUGGCUUCUGUUCCACCGAACCCAAUGGUGGCGUCCCUGGCUAUUGCCUGCAUUUUUGGCUUCACGGCCCCGUUCCUUGCUGGGCCGAUUCUCCUUGCAGCGGAAACUAUGACGGAUACAUCUGCGAAAUCAAAGUGCCGAAUUGAUACGGACCCGAGGAGCCCGUUGUCUGGGGACAAACGCGAGACGAAAUCUGUUCUGGUCGUUGAUCGACGAAUUCCGAGCACAAUGUUCUGGUUGCUUUUCACGUCUUGCACAUUCUAUUCAUCGCGGAACCCGUAUUAUUGCAAUCUCAUCCGG